AUGAAAGCCAAUGUUGUAGUAAUCGCAGCAACAAAUCGAUCAGAUGUGUUAGAUCCAGCACUUAUGCGGUCUGGACGCUUUGAUAGACAAAUUUUUAUUUCUGUCCCGGAUAUCAAGGGGAGAGCGUCUACCUUCCGUGUUCAUUUAAAACAGAUAAAGACUAGUCUGGAUAAAGUGGAAUUAUCAAGAAAAGUAGUUGCUCAUACAUCCGGAUUCUCAGGAGCUGAUGUAGCAAACGUUUGUAAUAAGGCUGCAUUAAUCGCUGCUCGUGAUGCUCAUGAUGAAGUGACUGCAAAGGAUUUUGAAAAGGCUAUUGAGAGAGUUGUUGCUGGGAUGGAAAAAAAAAGUCAAGUGCUGCAACCUGAUGAAAAAAAGACAGUCGCCUACCACGAAGCUGGACAUGCAGUUGCUGGAUGGUUUUUGGAAUUUGCUGAUCCGUUAUUAAAAGUCUCAAUAAUUCCGCGUGGCAAAGGACUUGGAUAUGCUCAAUAUAUGCCAAAAGAUCAAUAUCUUUAUUCUAAAGAGCAACUGCUAGACCGUAUUUGCAUGACAUUGGGAGGGCGCGUAUCCGAAGAAAUCUUUUUUGGAAGAAUAACUACUGGUGCACAAGAUGACUUGCAAAAAAUUGUCAAAUUCGGAAUGAGCGAGAAGGUUGACCCAAUUUCCUUUGACACGUCUCAACCUGGAGAGAUGGCCUUUGACAAGCCAUACUCCGAAGCAACUGCUCAACUUAUUGACCAAGAAGUGCGCGAUAUGGUUGGAAAUGCAUUGAGACGUACUCGCGAUUUGCUCAUGUCCAAAGUUGAUUUAAUUGAAAAGGUUGCUCUCCGACUCUUAGAAAAGGAAGUGAUCGCACGCGAGGAUAUGAUCGAGCUGUUAGGCCCACGCCCAUUCCCUGAAAAACAUACUUAUGAAGAAUUUGUAGCUGGUACUGGUGGAAUGGAUGAAGACACUUCUUUACCAAAAGGUCUCGAAUCAUGGGAUAAAGAUAUGGAAACUGAUAAAAAGAAGAGUGGAAACAAAAAGAAAAAAGAGGAGAAAGCUGCUAAUAAGAAUUAAGAACAUGCUUUAUUUAUCUGUUUUCACAAAUUAUCUCAAAAUUUGAUGACGAUGAAGUAGUGUACUCGUGAAAGAACAAUAUCUGACUGAGCAGAGUCGUCGUCGUCAGCUGGUUUAGAUGAGUUUGGAUGAACAUGAAGGGAUGUGUCUGGAAGUGAUCACAAUGACAACGAUGAUAAUGUUAAGCCAUAUUUUGCAUCCACGACGAUGACGACGAUAAUGGCGAAGGUGAAUUGCACGGGGUAUGGUGGAACUGUUGUGGAUGACAUUGAACAUCAACAGCGAAUGGUAAUGAUUGAAAUAUGAUGAUGAUGAAUUGUUAAAGAUGAGAGAAGCUAAAAAAUGCGGCAAAGAUGCUACAGCCGCAUUUAAAGGUCUAAAAUUUUUUAAUGACAUAAGUAUGUUUUUUGUGUGCUUUUCCGUUUUCACGACAAAUUUUCUUUGUUUCAAUUAGUAAUCAUUUCCAAAAUUACAAAGAUUUCAAGAAUUAAGCAAAACACAAAAAAUUUACGUGUAAGUGAAAAAUGGAAAAGUACAAAUCUAUUGCACUUG